AUUGAGCUCACCGGCCACUGCUUCUCUCUCCUCCUCUCUCUCUACAAUUUACGACGCUCCCCAGCAACGUAUAUAAAUAGCUUCACUUUGCCGCGGCUUUAUCGCUAGACAAUCAAGCAAUCUUCACGUUCUUGUUCUUCUUCUUCUUCUUCUUCUCUCUCUCUCUCUCUGUGGCUGUCGGUCGGUCGGUCUCCUUCAAUGCGUGACGUUUGGAUCCCCGGAUUCCCUCGUCGUCUUCUUCUUCUUUCUCUUCCUCAUCGUUUUAUCUAAUGAUUACUUUGCUUGGAUCUCAAUCCACAAUGUUGACUUGACCUUGAUUCCCAUCCUCUCCCUCGUAAUGCCACCCUCCUGCUCGACGUCGGGAGCUCCCUCCAAGCUCUCGAUCCCCGUCGAGCCCCACCCGGCUUCUGUAAUCCUUGCCCUCAACAAUUGAUUGCUCUCCGGUUGUCUUCCAGGUCGAGCCGCAUGCUUGUAAUCAGUUCAUGAUCACCGAAUCUCUGCGUUUUGCCCCCUUUGAAGCUAAGCAGAAGUUCCCGAGAUUGAUUCAACUUUAGCUCCUCCAUUGCUGAAUUUAAGCUCAUCCAGGUUGCGCCUUUCGACCUCUGAACUAGACCCCUCGAAAUGGACUUGGUUGCACAGUUGAGACGAGGGAUAUCGCGCCAAUUCUCGACCGGCUCGAUAAAGCGGAGCCUCAGCCGGCAAUUCACGAGACAGUCCUCCCUCGAUCCUCGGCGCCACAAUUUGAGGUUCAGUUUCGGGAGGCAGUCCUCCCUCGAUCCCAUAAGGAGGAGUCCGCAGAACGAUAGGUUCUCGGUCCCUGAGAACUUGGACUCGACGAUGCAGCUGCUGUUUCUGGCGUGUAGAGGUGAUGUGAAGGGAGUUGAGGACUUGCUGAAUGAAGGGGUCGACGUGAACAGCAUCGAUUUGGACGGGAGGACAGCUUUGCAUAUCGCGGCAUGUGAGGGGCAUGUGGAGGUUGUGGAGUUGCUGUUGAGUAGGAAGGCCAAUAUCGAUGCUCGUGACCGUUGGGGGAGUACGGCAGUGGCUGAUGCAAAGUUCUAUGGGCAUGAAGAGGUGUACAAUAUUCUGAAAUCACGAGGAGCAAUAUUACCUAAAAUGAGGAAGACGCCGAUGGCUGUCACAAAUCCUCGAGAAGUUCCAGAUUAUGAGCUAAAUCCUUUGGAGCUUCAGGUUCGGAGGGCAGACGGUAUUUCAAAGGGAACCUAUCAAGUGGCUAAAUGGAAUGGCACAAAGGUUUCUGUUAAGAUACUCGAUAAGGAAAGUUGUUCACAACCUGAUACCAUAAAUGCCUUCAAGCACGAGCUAGAGUUGCUGGAAAAGGCGCGGCAUCCUAAUGUAGUCCAGUUUGUCGGAGCAGUUACCCAGAACAUCCCUAUGAUGAUUGUUUUAGAGUAUCCUUCAAAAGGUGAUCUUGAAAGCUAUCUUCGAGUUAAAGGGCGUCUUGCCCCAGCUAAAGUUCUCAGAUUUGCUCUUGAUAUUGCAAGGGGCAUGAAUUAUCUUCACGAAACCAAACCCAAUCCAAUCAUCCAUUGUGACUUAAAGCCAAAAAAUAUUUUGGUGGAUAGUGGUGGUAUCCUUAAGGUAGCUGGAUUUGGAUUAGCGAGAUUGUCAAGACUCUCGCCAGACAAAGCAAAACUGGGAUGUCCAGAGGCUCGAGCUGAAUUACUCAGUCCAUACACAGCACCCGAGGUCUAUAAGGAUGAAAUAUUUGAGAGAAGUGUUGAUGCGUUCUCUUUCGGUCUCAUACUUUACGGGAUGAUGGAAGGAGUGCAGCCAUUCCAUCCCAAGCCACCACAAGAGGCAGCAAGAAUCAUGUGCUUAGAUGGGUUACGACCUCCUUUUAAGAUCAAACCGAAACAUUACCCUCCAGAUUUAAGAGAGUUGAUCGAGGAAUGUUGGGACCCACAACCGGUUGUAAGGCCUACUUUUUCUGAGAUUAUCGUGAGGCUGAACAGGAUCCUUACAAGCUGUUCAAAGCAGGCUUGGUGGAAAGACACGUUCAAGCUUCCCUGGAAAUAAGUCGGAGGCGCUUGAUGCAGCUAUAGGAACAGAAACUUGGAUAUGCUGGUAGAAAUCGGUGGAAAACAGAACCGUUCAGCGACUCCAUUUACAGGCACUGCUGCUCCGUUUAUACUUCAGAAGUGAAUAACAGUAAAUGGCUCCAAACUCCGAACUGUUAAUGCUCAUUCGAGUGUAGAUUAAUGGGCUGGAACGGCUCUUGUUCGGGUUAGUUUAAUGUGUGUAGUGUCUGGUGUAGAUGUUUGCGCGUACGGAGACUUUUAUUUCGGUAUCUUUUUGUAAUUUAUAACAUUAAACCAAAAAAUAAAAAUGAAGUCGUGUUUCGCCUCUA